UCGCCCCACAACGCGCGUCUUCUAUGGCACCUCUCUUUCUACCCGUGUAAAGCACAAAUUUCGUUCGACUGUCGUCGCUGAGCGGAAAAGGAGAGGGACUAGGGGCGUGUGGGACUGGUAGGUGUAAAACUCGGACCCGAAAGGAAAAGUAAAGACAAACACAAGAGAAAAAAAAACAACAAACCACUCUUUCAAAACACAGCUGACACAAGCACAGUAUUUUCGGGGUGUUGUUUCGUAGGCUUCUGCUCCCCGUGUGUGGGUUUAAACAAAACAGUUCACCAAUCAAACCACCACAAUUAGAUGGUUGAUAGAAAAAAAUUCUAAAGUGCUACAGAACCACCCAACCAGUUUGUGUUGUUUUGUUUGGAUAAAACGGCUUUGUUAGCAUCAAGCAGAUUGUCGCAGCAGAAAAGAGUGUGGGAAGUUUGCACAACAACACCCUCUCGCGCUCGUAUCCAUUUCACCCCACAAGUGCCCCCACUGCCAAGACCGUUGUUGCUAUUGUGCCACACGGAGAUUAGGGAGAAGCGUAGAUGAACCACCGCACAUCCGCCCAGUGGGUUCUUUCCCUUGAUUGAGGCUGAUUAAACCCACAAAAGGGCUGAGCAUUCACAGUGGAGAGGACGACCAAACCCGGGACAGUAGCAGUAGCAUAAUAGCAUAACAGCGGUCACCACAACGUACCUGCACACGCGAGGAUGAUGCACAUGUCCUUCUGGUGGGGCUCGAACGUGGGCGACGUGUUCUUCUCCGGCCUGACGGUGAACGGUACGGGACCAAUGGUGGCACUCUGUCUCACGCUGACCGCCCUGUCGGUGGCGUACGAGGGGCUAAAGAUCCACGGUGCUAAGGUGCGCGCUAGGACGGCACGCGAACGGGUACGGUCCGCCUCGUGUCCACCGAGCGAAAGUGCCACCCUGCUCUCGCUGGAAGGUAGCGUCAGCAAUGGGCCACUGAGCGGCAGCAACCUAUCGCGCCGCAUCCGGAAGCUGGCCGCCGAAGCCGUCACCUUCCUCUUUCACAGCAUGCUGGGAUAUGCGCUCAUGCUGACGGUGAUGGUGUACAAUGGGUACCUGUUCGUGGCGGUCGUCGGUGGCAUGGGGCUCGGUUACUUCCUGUUUGGCCACCUCUCGAUGAAGGUGAACAUGGAGAAUAUACAGGCGCACCAGACGAAAAUGAUCUGCACCACGCGCUGCCUACAGCAAGGUGCGGAAAGCUGUGCGAUGAGCCACUCAGCGCCCUGUCCAUCCGCUCGCACUACCCGCUCUAAUUAUCAAACCCUGACCUAAGUUGUAUAGUAUCAUCAUCCCUCGCGCCAUCUUUUGAACACACAUGCAUACAUUUUUAACCUUCCGAACACGCUGGCUACAGUUCCCCAUUUCCUGUACAAUAAUCCCGCCACAAUCCAUCAUCCUCGUUCUUCUGUGCCCGUCGUUUUUCUGGUUUGAUUUUGUUGCUCUUUCUGUUCUGUGUUUUUAAGUUCCUGGUCUGAUUUUGUUUCUCCUUUUUUGUGUUGCUGUCGCUUCCCUUACCUUUUUGUUACAGAAUCGGUAAACCCUUCCGCAUCGACCAGUCUCGAGCAUUACCCGCGUGACUCCUCGUCGUUGGACGCAGAGCAUGGCACAAGCAGUCGGUAUGGCAUCGCGCACGGUUCGUCUGGCUGUCACUAGAGCAGGAAAUGAAAAGCGUAAACAAAAAACGGCCUACCGAACACAAAUUACGGUACAAUUGCUGCACAGUACCCAAAGUCCCACACUAUCCACUUGCUGGCGGUUUCCACGGGUUGAUGCCGCACCGAAACUGUGAUCUUUUAGCGCUUUUCCGCCUCCCCGUCUGAAGCAGAGUGCUGAAGGAACCGACCUAAAGGGUCAACUAACACAUGAUCAUACUUUAAAUUAGCGGGGAAGAGAAGGUGCCAACCUAUAUAAUUACUAUUUCAACCAAGAACAAACAAACUAAUUGACAAUAUUUAAGGAACAAAAAAGGGGGACCGGUCGCGUGCUAUUUAAGUACUAAAAAAAGGGGUGUUUGCUUCCAAUCUUUUACAAAACAAAAAACAUGCUUCCGUCUUUGUGUAUUCUAAUAAUUUGUGAUAUUUUUUGUUGUCAAGCAUCCUUCCCACAAAGGGGACUUUUCUUAAACUGUUUGUUUGUACAGAAACCUGCAAAUGUUUAUAAUUGUAUAUUGAAGAGAGAGAGGGGAAAAAGGUGUAAAACUUUCGCAAUAAAGCCACAAAAGACAAUGCAUUGUUACCACACUAAGUCAUAAAGCAAACAGAAAA